UAUUCAAGUAAAUGAAUUUCAUUAUUCAUUAUCUCAGUCCUCAAAGAGCAAGAGCCAGACAAGGAUUGGUUAACUCAGCAUCUCGACUUUAUAGGAUAACCACGUUUCAAAUAUUAAUAUGUAUUUCCUUAGGAAUUUGUUUAAAUCCGUAUCAUUAUCAAGAUAUCAAGCUGCUUGAUUGCACUAUGGAAGAUGAGUCUCAUCAUGUAGACUUCGUUACAAAGUCUAUCCUUCAUGCUAUUUACCUGAAUACCUCUUUCAGUCUUACUAACUUAGAGACUGAUUUGAUUCAUGCGUAUCCAACAAAGGAACAAGUGAUCAAUACAAUGCAGAAUUUUGGAGUACACCUUGACGACAAAAUUGUGCUUUAUAGCCAGCCAAAUUUUGUAAAGCAUUCGACUAGAGUUUUUCAUAUACUCAAAGCUUACGGAUUUACUGAUGUAACAGUUCUAGACGGAGGCCUUCUUAAAUAUAUCCAAGAUGGAUAUCCAACUGCUCCUGGGGUUGGCUACACCGGCCCAGUUUCUCAGAUAGAAGAUUUAGAUAAUCCAUUCCUAUAUCUUGCGCAGAUGAAGGAAGUUAUUGAAUUUGCUGAAGGAAAAAACCCAAACAUACAACUUAUUGAUGCUAGAGAUGAUGAAGAAUAUUAUGGUAACGAUCCUCACCUUCCUUCUUACAUCAGGCAGGGUCAUGUUCCUGGGUCUAUUCAUAUUCCAUCUGAAGAAUUCCUGAACCCAGAUGAUACUUUCUUGAAGCCACCAGAGAUCCAAAAGAUUCUUGAAUCUAAAGGAGUUGAUAGAAAUAAGGACAUCAUCGUCAUGUGUAGAACAGGGCUUAAAGCCACUGUAAACUACUUCGCUCUCAAAAUGGUAGGUUACCCCAAUGUAAGACUCUAUGAUGGUUCAUGGGUUGAGUACGAAGAUAGUAACGGCCCAGCAGUCUACUUCGAAUCCUAAACUAAACCUCUAAAAACAUCAAUA